AGCCAACAACCGGCAGUAAAGGGAAGCCCCAACAAAGAAAAAAAACGAAAAGACAAAACCCCCAAAUCAAAACAAACUAUCCAAGCACACGAACGAAGAGGUGUUUGCUCACAAUACGCCAACGAUGAGGACGACGACGACGACAAAAACGACACAACUCAAAACAAUUUUGUAGAGCAGAGAUUGAUCCAUGAUGAUGGCGCUGCGCCGGUGAUGAUGGACUCUUUUAAAUUCUCCAGUUAUUUACGAUAUUUUCUCAGUUUGAGUUUGUGUAUCCAAUGGAUAAGAACGAACGACGAGCGAACACGGGCGCGCACUUUAAUCGGAACUGCAUGCGAAUAGUGGAGCAGCAGAGUUAAGGCUUCAUUUGGCCAAUUGAAAACGAAAAAUAAAAUAGGAAAAAAUAAAACAUUUUGUGUACAAAAACGUUUUCGAGGAGGAAAAGUGAUUUAUUUUUGUUUGUUUCGUUUUUGUGAUUUUGUUGUUUAUUUUUAUUUUCGUUUUUUUUUUUUUAAUUCUGAAAAAUGUGCGACAACAACGAUGUGUCGGCGACAUUGUAUUGUGUUUGGUGGACCACGUGAAUAUCUAAAAAUGUCUUGCAAGAAAAAAAUAUCUCUGUGAAAUUUUGAAGAAUUUAUGAAAGUAUUUUAAUAGAAGUUUAAAAAUAACAAAUUAAGAAAAAUCUUAAACAAAACGUUGUGUUCUGCGCCGCUUUUUUUGUGAUUUGUCGCGCCGCUGCAAUUAUCCCCGUCGGCUGUUCGCGUUUUUUUGCAAUUAUAAGACAAAAUGAUUCACUAAACCGUGAAAAGCAAUAAAAUAAACUAAAUCAAGAUACAAUUUUGAGUGUUUUUUUUUUGUGUUUCAAUUGUUACUUCAACUGUGAAAAGCUGAUUUACCCAUUGUGCCUUUGUAUGACUCGCCAUUGAAAAAUGCCUAAGCCUAAGUAAUGACAAUAAAAAUUAUGCCGAAUUUGGAUAAACUCAUUGAUAAUGGAUAAUCGGGAAAGACAACAAAAACAAAAUAUUAUUAAACAUAAUUGUAAAAAGAUUAAAUACAUUGAUGUGAAAAAGAAUUUUUAAAGGACAUUGUUGCAGAUAAUUAAUAAGAAGCCUCAAACCCCAUUACAAAGAAAAUCCUGCAAUUAAAAAAAAUAAAUAAAACAAAAAAUCUAAAACCACACUAAAUAUAAAUUCUUACUAAUCAUGGAAUCCCGCCUGCAAUUGAAUGCCAUAAUUUGUCUGCUGGUCACAACCUCAACGUGGCAUGUUUAUGGUGAUGAACGGCAGCAGCAGCAGCAGCAACAACAACAAUUACUCAUUGGCCUGCAUUCGGACGAACUGAUAUCUGGAGAAUUGGUAAUACCACGAAAAGUAAGCAGCAACGGAGAGUUUCUCUCCCACAGUCUUCAACAUCAUCAUGGACAACAUUACAAACAUACACGUAAACGUCGAAGCAUAGAUGAUACGAAUUUGGAACCAGAAGUUCACUAUCAUCUGGACAUACAAAAUGAAACAUUGCAUUUGGAAUUAGAACCUCACAGCUAUUUCAUGACUCCACAUCUAAUUGUGGAAAGACAUCGUCGGGAUUUACGUACCCGUAAACGUUUGCAAAAACAUACCAAUUGUCAUUAUCAUGGUCGCAUUAAGGAUCAGCCAGAAUCGAGGGUGGCUUUAUCAGCGUGUAAUGGGUUGGUUGGUCACAUAAAAACCAAAAAUAAUGAAUAUUACAUUGAGCCAUCAAAACUUCAUGCCGCAGCCCACAAUGUGAACGGACAUCCGCAUGUUGUAUUUCAAAGAUCAUCUGUUAAGGAAAAGACUGCAACAAAGAAGCAGCAGCAGCAGCAGCAGCAACAGAAUCAUCCGCACAAGAUGCAACCUCAUCACCACGAUCAGCAGUCAUCACAUAAAUUGUUGCAAAAUGGAACGAAACGUCAAAGGAGAACACUAAGUAAUUGUGGAACCAAGGAACCAAGACGACGUAUAGAAGCACGUCUUGUCGAAUGGCAACCACAAGGCAAGCUAAAAAUUCAAGGUGGACGCAGAAUAAGGCGCCUGCAUCAUCAGCAGCCACAUUUCAAAUAUGAGACAACAACAGCGGAUGUAAAACUUCAAGAAUACCAUAAACAUCAAACAACAAAUCCCCACCACCAACAACAACAAAGACAUCAAGUACAACAAAAAAAUGCUCCAUUCAACAGCAGUAAUGACAACAGCAACAACCACAAUAACAAUUAUAUAUCAAACCAACGCAAUUCUGGCCCAAUAACACCAUCCGCAAUUAACUUUACACCUCAAGCGAACAGGCAGCAGCACCACCAACAACAUCAGAACCAUCAGCAUCAUCCUUCGCAUCAGCAACACCAUCUACCGCAUCGACGCAGCAAACGUUCAAUUAGCAGCCCACGUCAUGUUGAGACUCUAAUUGUUGCCGAUUCGACAAUGGUAAACUUCCAUAAUGAGGUAGAGUCGUAUCUUCUGACCAUAAUGAACAUGGUUUCGGCCCUCUACAAGGAUCCCAGCAUUGGUAAUGCCAUCGAAAUAGUUGUGGUGAAAAUAAUACUUCUCGAAGAGGAUGAAGCCCAUCCAGAUUUGAAUCUGACACAGAAUGCCCAACAGAAUUUGGAUAUGUUCUGUAGCUGGCAGCACAAAUUAAAUAGCGGCAAUGAAUUGGAUCCUCAUCAUCACGAUGUGGCAGUUUUAAUAACCCGUAAAAAUAUAUGCGGCAAUAAUUGCAUGACCUUGGGCCUUGCUAACGUGGGUGGAAUGUGUAAACCCAAGCAAUCUUGCAGUGUUAAUGAAGAUAAUGGGAUAAUGUUAUCACAUACCAUAGCCCAUGAAUUGGGACACAAUUUUGGCAUGUUUCACGAUACGGCAAAAAUUGGUUGUCAUCCACGUGUGGGUUCCAUAGUACACAUAAUGACGCCCACUUUCGGUGCUGAUACUCUGCAAGUUUGUUGGUCAAAUUGUAGUCGGAAAUUUAUAACACACUUUUUGGAUCAAGGAUUGGGCGAUUGCCUGGAUGAUGAACCGACGGCCUUAAAUGAAUAUGUCUAUCCGGAUGAAAUGCCUGGCAAAAAGUACAAUGCUGAAUUGCAAUGCCGAUUACAAUAUAAUGUCACGGAUAGUGAGGUGGAGGCUUGCUCUUCCAUGAAUGAAAUAUGUUCGACUCUAUGGUGUCGUGUCAACGGUGAAUGUAUUACAAAUAUGCGGCCAACAGCCCCGGGAACAUUGUGUGGAAAACGUAAGUGGUGUCAAAAUGGUAAAUGUGUUCGCAUUGAACCUUUUGAGAAAAUUGAUGGCUCCUGGGGAAAUUGGUCUGAGUGGAGUGAAUGUUCACGCACCUGCGGCGGUGGUGUUUCCAUACAGCAGCGUGAAUGUGAUAGUCCCAGGCCAGCCAAUGGUGGCACAUUUUGUAUUGGCGAGAGGAAGAGAUAUAAAAUAUGCAAUCACCAACCUUGCCCCAAGAAUGAGCUAAGCUUCCGUGCCCAGCAAUGUGAAAAAUAUAAUGAUAAACCAUAUCAGGGACAUUUUUACAAAUGGUUGCCGUUCUUUGACAAACAGAAUCCCUGCAAACUGUACUGUAACGAUGUGGAUGAUACCAUCAUUGCCAACUGGGGUGACAUGGUACUGGAUGGAACUCCCUGUACCUUGGGUACCAACAACAUGUGUAUCGAUGGCAUUUGCAGGAAAGUUGGUUGCGAUUGGAUUGUAGAUUCGGAUAUGCAGGAGGAUCGAUGCGGCAUUUGUGGUGGCAGUGGUGAUCAAUGUAAACCGGUUAAGGCAGUAUUUAAUGAAACACUGAAAGUAACAGAAGGUUAUGUGGAAAUUGUCGUUUUGCCGGCAAAGGCACGUCACAUCAUUAUCAAGGAAUUGGGCAAUUCGCCGCAUUUCCUUAGUGUGGCCAAGGCGAAUAGUAGCACGUUCUAUUUGAAUGGUGAUAGUUUGAUAUCUAUGCCGGGAGAGUUUUUCAUUGCAGGUGCUGAGAGUUUCUAUGAUCGGGUGGAUGAUCAGGAAAUUAUUAAAAUACCACAACCUAUUGAACAUUCCAUUGCUAUUUAUAUCAUUGUCAGAGGCGAUGAACCCAAUGAGGGUGUCUACUAUGAGUUUACAUUGCCUGCCCUGAAUGCCAGCACUUCCAAACAUUAUUUAUGGAAAUUAAGCGAUUGGACUCACUGCUCGGUUAGUUGUGGUGGUGGCUUGCAAUAUCGUGAGCCUAUUUGCUAUGAAAAUGGAAGAGAAACUUCCGAUAUUGAACUGUGUUGGGCAUUUGCCAAAAAUCCACGCCCUUUGCGGCAGACGAAAAAAUGCAAUAGCACACCUUGCCCAGCCCAUUGGUUGACGGGUCCAUGGCAGUUCUGUCCGGUCACAUGUAAAAGUCCCGACACACCAUUACCGGUGCGUAGACGUUCCGUAAUGUGUCUGGAUCAACAUGAUGUCAUCAUGGACGAUGACAAAUGUAACCCGUCCACACGACCUAUUGAUACGGAUUUUUGUGAAUCCAAUUUGCCCGUUUGUAGUAUAAGAGAGAAAUUAAAAACUCGUUUUAGUUAAGCUUAUAAUUUUAAAGAUUUAGUUUAAGAUUGUAGUGGACAAAGAAAAUUUGUAAUGCUGAAGCAGAAAUAAUUCUUUGUGACCUGUUAGGAAGUUUGAGCCUUGCCAUCUAAACAUAAACAGUUUAUAAAGCUGGACGCAUUUCAGCAUACUUAUCAUAAAAAAGAAUAUCUAAAAUUUGUGCACUAAUUCGGGAAGUUUUACUUCUGAAUUAUAUAGAGCAUUUGAUUAAUGUUUUCACGGGAAAAGUCAUCAGCGCUCGACAAUUAAUUUGUGUAAAUCAAAAACUGUCCACUCACUAGUUUUAAGAUUGAUUUCUAAUUCAAUAUAUCAAUAAGCCAAGCAUUUAAGUUAUGUGUCUAGUAUAAAUGUAAAUGUUUUAAUUUUAUUUAUUUUAUUUAUUUCCAUUAUUUUUAUGAACCAGAAAACUACGUGUACUUAAUUCUACAUUUUUAGUUCUAAACUAACCUUAUCUUUCCUAGGUAAUGUAAGUCGUCUAGACAUUUGUAAACUUUUCAAAAAAGUUUUUAAUUACUUAUUUUCUAAAUAUUUCGUUAUGAAGAAUAUAGCAAUAAAAAAAAAACAAGAAGUAGUUGUAAAUAGAAGCUAAGCUCCAGAAUGUAAGUUUUUAAUUUCAGGAAAUGUUAAUUUUGUAUUCUGCUCCGAAUGAUUAAAUUUUAAUUUUUCUAUUUCAAUAAUAAAUAUAGAAAGAACUAAGAGA